AUGUGCGAUAUCUGUUAGUUGUCUCGAAACAGUUAGGUAUCGUUGUUCUUUCGUCUGAAUCUAGAUGUUAACGUUGGACCAGAAAACUCAUCAGUACUCACAUACUCUCGUCCUUGUGAGCGUCUAACUAAUUGAUUUCUGUGUUUUGUUUUUUGUUUUGAAAGCAGAGUAGCAGACAGCUUUGAAUCGAAAAGAAACUGCUGGGGGAAAAUGGCAGUACCGGCGGAGAAUGGGAAGAAGGUGAUGGUGGCGAUUGACGAGAGCGAGUCCAGUUACCACGCCCUCAUGUGGGUCCUCAAGAAUCUCAGGGACUCGAUCGCCGCCUCCGGCAGCCCCCUCCUCAUAUUCAUGGCCCAUCCCUUUCCGGUGACCAGCAAUGUGUUUGCUGCCUCUCUUGGCUCUGCUCGCGUUUACUGCCCCGUCUCAGCCACUUCAGAGUACGCGUAUUGUGUCCAAGAACAAAACAAGGUGGUUCAAAUGGGGAUUUUGGAGAAAGCUAAGAGCAUCUGUACCACUCAUGGGGUAAAUGCAGAGACAAUUGCACAGCUUGGAGAUCCUAAACAGGCCAUAUGCGAUGCAGCUCAAAAGCACAAUAUUGACCUCCUGGUUUUAGGUGAUACCGAGCUUGGAAAGAUCCAAAGGUUCAUUUCUGUUCUUCGACUUUUUAGAAAAAAAAAUGUGAUAUGUAUAUCACUCCUGCCGCUUGCACCUACAGUCUGUUGCAUGUGCAUUAUCAAUACUUCACAGUCCUCGCUAGAAGUUUGCUUGAGGAAGUUGUGAUACGAUAAGAAUCAGGUUUGGAUUGUAGAGGUGCAGUGCAAGUGAUCGCAACUGUCUGACAGUGUUUUUAAUAGUUCAGAUUUGUUUUCAAUCUUUUACCGGUAAAAGAUUCAACGAAUUUGAACAAUUGAUUGUCGAUAUGAACGGUUUAAAUUGAACCGCACAUCCUUCUCUACAGUUGACUACAGAGAAGCUGAAUCCAUAUGAUAAUCGAGCUCAGUAGAUUGGACAGUCCAGUUUGUCUUUGUGGGCCCGUCACAGGCUCUUGGACAGUCCAGUUUGUCUUCGUGGGCCCGUUGCAGGCCCCAGUUUGACUUUUUUGAUAAUUAGCUUGAUCGGACAAUUAAGAUGACAAAUGGAUGGCGUUCUAGUUUACUUUAACUUCACUCAGAAAGUAAGAUGUGGAUGCUUGAUAUGACCUCACCUUUAUGUGGACCAAGGGCUCACAAGUGACAUUGGCUAGUCUUUGUGGUACUCUGAUACAUAGGCGUAUGUAUAGAAUAUUCUUUCCGAGAAUCUUCAUACAUAAGAUUAGAAUCACCGUUGGUUUUCAUUAAGUCCUUUACGGUUGUAGUAUUUUCAGACGUAUUCACUAAUGUAUUCAUCUAUGCUCUAUCCACUGACAAAAGAAAAGUAGCUGAGCUGACUACGAUUUUACAGACGUAGGAUAUUGGAGGUGAAAAUGCUUAAACGAAUGGAAUUCAUACUACAACUUGCCUUGUGGAAGUUGUGUACACUAGCUUCAGCAGAUAGAUAACUUAAACGAUCCAACAAUUGGAAGUUGGAAUUCAGCAAUAAUAGAUGUGCGAUUGAGAAAACUACCGAAGCUUUCUUCGCCUUGCUACUGUCUCUGAAAAAUUUGCUUGCUUAUAUAUUCCUAUAUGUUUUGCUGCUUCACUUCUGCAAUAUAUUCCUCACUCUUCCUGUUGGCUGUCUGAACUUGUAUGUGAAUACUAAGGACGUUAGCAUUCAGAUGCACUCUUUUAUACUUGUUUCCAAGAUGAACAUUUUGUGCAUGGCGUGCUAUUUAUUGUUGUAGUCCGAUACAACAAUCCCAGAAAUUCCUAAUCCGAAUCUCUUGAUGCAGGUUUUUCUUAGGGAGCAUGAGCAACUAUUGUGUUCGUAAUGCCAAGUGCCCCGUUCUCGUUGUGAAGAAACCAGAGUGAAAGUACAACAAUAUAACUACUACCAAGUAUUAUUGGUGUAUGUGACAGGUUUGGUUCAGACAAUUAGCUGUUGUUUGAUGAAGUUCAAAUUGUAAAUUGUGUAGGAAAAAAGAUGUUUGCAUGAUCAAUAGAUGUAUACAUACAUAUACAAGGUGUUUUAUGUAAUGCUGAAUUUGGCUUGCUUUUAUUAUCACCAAGCCAGUUUUUUCUGUGAAUAGCAAGGGAACUGCUUAUAUUGCAGUUUUCCGUGGCAAGUCAUAUCACUGUGUGUCUAUCUGUAAAUAUGGAGCGAAUGAAAGUUUCCUUAUGUCAGUAUAUUUUUCCUGA